AUGGCAAAUAAUUCGUAUUAUGGAGAAAAUAGUGAUGUUGCAGCUAUAUUCUUUGAUUUAGACAACACAUUAAUACAAACAAGAAAAGGGGAUACUCGAGCCUGCAAUAAGAUUAUAGAAAUACUGCAGCAGCAAUAUGGGUUGAGUCAAGAAGCUGCAGUGGAGAGCGGGACAAACUUCCUCCGCGCGUUUAGGGCACGCCCUGACGAUGACACGUACGCUCUGGACGAGUGGCCGGCUCACCUCUGGCGUAACUGCCUGCCAAAGAACUAUAGACAUAUCGCCAAAAAUAUAUCAACCGAAUGGGUAAAAUUAAGGUUUCAGUGUUUGGCUCUAACAAACGAAGUGAUACAUCUGUUGGAAACACUGCGGGAGGAUUAUCUUCUCGGUCUGAUCACGAACGGGCCGUCUCGGGCCCAGUGGCAGAAGAUUGAACGGCUGGGACUCCGCAAGUACUUCGACUGCUUGCUGGUAUCCGGCGACCUGCCGUGGGAGAAGCCUGAUCAGCACAUCUUCUUAGAAGCUUGCAAGAUGCUCAACGUCGAGCCGCGCAUGUGCAUCAUGGUUGGAGACAAACUGGAAACUGACAUCAAGGGAGGUAAAGAAGCUGAAUUGGGCGGCACAGUUUGGAUUCCUCUGCAGAAGGACAUGGAAGCAUCCGACUUGCCAGAUUUCACAAUAGAUAAAGUGACAGAGUUACCCGAAGUGUUACCGAACUCACCUAAACUGAAGCGCUCUGAGCACACAUCCAACAUCACAUGUGCAUAA